AGCCGUUUUGGCGCAAGCCGUUUCGGCUCUGCUGCUUCCAGGGCCUCUCCUUCCGUUCUCCCCUCCAGGCCACCUCCCCUUUCUCGUGCGCUAUGGCGAUCCGCUCUUGGUUCGUGUGGGAUUGUUGUGGGGGGCUCUGCGUAAUUAUCACGUACGGUCUGCUUUGCUUCGCGAACAGCGUUGUGUUCCGGUUAGGCAGGUGGCCAGGCGGUGAGACGGGAGCAUCAGCGUGCCUGGCAGCCUACCAGAUGCUUUUCACCCUCGGCCUGCUAUCGCACAUCGCGUGCAUGCUCACAGACCCCGGAGCCACACCCCUGAAUCGCGAGGCGCUGGAUGACCCUUCGGUCAAGCAGUGCCUGAAGUGCAUGGCCCCGAAGCCACCGCGGUCGCACCACUGCAGCGUUUGCAGGAGGUGCAUCCUAAAGAUGGACCACCACUGCCCGUGGAUGAACAACUGCGUGGGGGCAUGGAACCAGAAGCACUUUAUGCUCUUCCUCGUUUACGUGCAGCUGCAGUGUUGGGCGGCGAUUGGCAGCCUCGGGGGGCAGUUCCUGACGUCGGGGAGGUCUCCUGCUUACAGGCGGGGCCCAUCCGCCAGAGCGUUCCUCGCGAAAACGCAGGAGGGCAGGCACCUUCUCCACGAGGAGGCGAGGCGGAUGGCUGCGCGGAGAGCGAUCGUCGACUCGGAUUUACUGCAGUGCGUGAUCGUUUUCUUCGUGGCGGUCAUCUUCGGACUAUUCACGACGAUCAUGCUCUGCGACCAGCUCUCCAAUGUGAUCGCAGGCCAGACGGGCAUCGAUCGCCUUCAGGGCGACCAGGGCAGGCGGAAGCCUUGGAGGGAGGCGGUCCAGGAGGUGAUGGGCUGGGGGCCGUCGUGGCGGUGGCUCGUGCCGACGUCGUUGAGGCAGGGCGCGCGGGCGAAGGACGAGACGACGUGACCGAGCACGGGGCGGACUGGUCGUGGGCGCCGCUGCCCACCCAGGGUGGAGAGCUGUGCGGAAGAAUAUGCAGAGAUUUCUCCUUCCUCUUUUCUCCCUCGCUGUUUCCCCCCCCCCCCACACCCCCACACCCCCACCGCGAUUCCACACUAUGUGAAAUCCGUGAAGCCUCCAUCAGAAUGUCCAUGCGGUAUGCUCGUCUUAGGGCUCAUCGGGCGAGCGCCAAAGUGUUGCACCCGCCACUGAGUUCGUGGACCCACCGCCGUAGAGUCCAUGGAUCCCCCGCACUGGGACCCAUGGCGUCAAUGCAACGGGGUCCACACAGGCAUAUCAAUCAUUUCCCCUCACCUACUCUUAACAGGUGGGGAGACCGGAGGCAGGGAACGGCAGCGGGGCA